CCCGACCGAUUCCAACGGGAAAAAAAGUACAUACACCGCCUUCGCCAUCGCCGCAUCGCUACAUCGACACAUCGCUACUUCGUCCGACGCAUGCAGUAAUACAAUACAUACAGGCACAACUACAAGUGCAAGCACAACUACAACAAAACAACAAAAAAACAACCAACAUCCCUGACAACUAACCUCGAUUCGACUUCCACCGGUACGUAAUCGAUCAAAACAACCCGAAACCGACUCGGUUGCACCCCAGUCCACCAAUGGCCGGACCGGGAUACUCCUUCGUCGCCUACCCAGGCGCCGACUUCGCCUUCGCCUCGGGCUACCCGGGGCCGCCGCCGAGCUCGAUGCCGCACGCACACAUGGAUCUUUCCAACGGCGGGCCGCUGCCGUACGCGCACUUUCCGCCCACUAUGCCGUUCGCGCACAUGGGGUAUUCGCACUCCCACGUGCAGGGAGCCGCGCCGCCGAGUCCCGUAUUCUCGCAGCCGAGUCACGCAUCCCAGCAGAAUGCCCCGCCGAGCCCAGACCGCGCCAGCUACUCGACUGAGGUCAAGGUUAUGCGCCAGCUGUGUACCGCCAUGACGAAGCUCCAGAAUACCAUGAAGGACUUGGCAGAGAGGCAGGAGCAGAUUCUCGAUCGGAUGAGCUUGCUCGAACAGCGUGUCGGACGUGUGGACGACGGUAUCGAGACCAUCAUCGAGAAUACCGAGGCCGUUAUGGAAGACAGCCGAGCGAUCCGAACACGGGUCGAAGACGGUGAAACCCACGACGCCUUUGAAUCCCGCUUCACGGACCUGAUGAACGACCUCGUCGGCAAGCUGACCGGCUGCAUCGGCGAGGAACUCAAGGAGAUCAAGAAGGUGGUCAAAGACACCGACCGAUACACCCGCUACGAACCGUUCCAGUACAGCACCUCGAACAACCUGGCGAUAUCCCGUGCCUCGAUGCUCGGGGAACAGCCGCAGAAGGAACUAGGCACCAUAUGAAAUGCAUGCACCUCCUCGACAGACAGACAGACAGACGGAUCGACAGAAAAGCUCGGGGGCAUGAGGGGGUUCUUUUUAUUUUUUAUUUUUGCGCUUCUCCAACGGUCGCUUCAAACGGUUUUUUUCUUUCCUUUUUUUCCUUUUCUCCUUCGUACUUGAGAGGACGGGUCUGCAUUCUUUGGGCGUUAAACAUGCAUUUGGCACGAAGGUUUCUUGUUUUCCUGUUUUCUGAGAUGUUUCGGUUUUACUGUUUUUUUGUCUUCCCUUUCAGUCCAUCUUUUGCACACGGCUACAUACCGGUAGUUGCCGUUUCGUUUCGUGGCGCACAGCUCGGCCUACAUACCUGCCAGCGGGGAUUUACAGAGUAAUUGAUCGAUCGUCGUUCCCCCACCCCCGACCAAAUCCAACGGUGUGUG